UCGGGCAAUGAUCUAAGCUCGCUCUCUCGGACUUAGAUCUCGUUGUCUCAAUUGUUGGUUGUUUGGCUUGUUCGUACGGUUUGCAAUUCAUACGAGCAAACACUUGACCACCUCCACCACCGCCGUCAACGGCAGAUACAUUCCGCCACAGCACACACAUCCUCAGUCAACAACCAUGAGUUAGUUUAUCAGCGGUCGCACUCUAUCGCGGAAGCCGUAAUAUCUCGUCGCGAAUUGCAUAGCUCAAUCACGGUGUACGAAGCCGUUAUCAGCGCUGGGCGUUGAAUUAUUCGCGAACACUCCAGUAUCACUGCUCGAGUGUAGCAAGUUGGAGGCCAGUAUUCCAACUCCCAAUUUCACAACCAAAAGAAAAAAACCAAGUGAAACGAUGAACGACCCCUCGAAAACUAUCGACUUCAUUAACCGGGAACUUAUUCCGGGCAUGGUCGAACGGGGUGAACUGACCAUCGAAGGCGUAUCCAACCCCUCAGAAGUUCACCUGGAACAGGUCGAAACGAGCCCGUUAGCGUCCGACGGGACGUUCAUGUUAACCUUACCGUUUCGGACCAAGGUGACGCUGAGCAGCGGCGGCAAAGGCGAUCAACGAAAGCACCGCGAGUACCGGCUCGUCGUUAAGGUCACACCACCCGUCCCACCGGAAAUGUACGCUAGCUGUCAGUUUGACACCCUGUUUGACAACGAAACCAUCGCGUACACCGACAUCAUUCCGACGUUGGGCAAGGCCGAACUUUACCCCAAAUACUUUUACUCGCACCGGAAACCACUGGAGGCAGUAAUGGUUCUGAGUGAUUUUUCCACCGACGGCUGGAGGAUGGCACCGAUGGUGGUGAAUCUGCCGCUGGAGUACUGCUUGCUGGCAGCUCGCGAACUGGGCCGUUUCCACGGUGAGUGCUAUGGCCUGAAGGAGACGAAACGCGAGCAGUUUGAAAGUUUGGUCGGCAAGUUUAAAGAGUCCCGGUACAGCACGGCCACCGAUCCAGUCUGGAUGGAGAUAAUGAAAAUUGGUCCACAGCGCGCCCUGAAGGCCACUCGCGAAAGCAUCUUCGGCAGUCGCGUCCCCGAGGAAUAUCUGGCCAAAGUGGGCGUUCUACUGCAGGAUACGUGGGCCCAUCAGCAGCUGUCCGUUCGGCCGGAGGAACCACUGGCCGUAAUUUGCCACGGCGACUAUCUGCGGAACAAUAUGGCGUUCAAAUUCGACGACAAAGAGCAUCCCGACAAACCCACCCACGUGAUGAUGUUCGAUUUCCAGACACUUCGGUACGCUUCGCCGAUGAUCGAUUUCACGGCGUUCAUCGCCAACUCGACCGGCUACGAUGUCCGCGAGAAGCACUUUGAAGCCAUAUUCCGGGCCUAUCACGACGAGCUGGUGGGCACGCUUGGCAGCAUUAUCGGGGCCAAUCCGGCAGACUUACCGCAGCAUUACAGCUACGAGUCCUUUCUGAAGGAAUUCGCCCGUUACUACUCGUUCGGUUUCCAGAUAGCGAGCAGUUUUUUGCCCAUCCUGCACGAACCCAUGGAACACGUGUUUGCCAACGUGGAGAUGGGCCUGGAGGACUCGCUGGCGGACGCGUGGCGCCGGGGAGGACCCCGUCUCGACAAAGAACUGGCCGCGAUGGUUUACGAAAUGUACCAGCUGCAUCAACGGUUUGGCAUGGAUCCGCGCUAGAGGGGGUUAUGGUUGGAUAGCGAUAUCGGAUAUGGCGGACAAAUGGGUGCUGAUUGUAAGAUAUUGUUAAGAAUUGGCAUGUGAGUAGAAUUAAAUGCAUUUAAUACUUUCCAA